AUGUCCGGACUCUUUGGGGUAGUCUUCCACUUCUUCUUCAUUCUCCCCAUCAUGUGGUUCUUCUCCUUUGCCCAGGCUGUGGCCUCUGCCUUUGGCCUCCUCCCCUCACUCCCUUCCCCUGCCUCCUCUGACCUGGCAGCAAAGGUGGUACUUGAAGACGACCAACGGGAGCUAGCUUCAGAGUUUAACAACGCAGACUCGGUAGACGACAAGGCCCGCCUCAUGCACAUCCUUGACCACAUGAAGCGCUCUCUUUCGGAUGAAACGCUCCUUGAUCAUCUUGAUGAGGCUACUGCUCUUCUCAAGCGGGAUGGUGGGCUGGGGAUCAUCGAUGACUCUACUCCUUCUCCUCGGUUGUCAUCAUCGUCUUUGGCUGCAGUCACCGCUGGCUCGCGGUCAACAGUGGCAUCGUCGUCGAACCCGACAAGGCUCUCCAUCCCGCCGCGUCCGCCUGCGUCUGAUGCCUCGUCUACCUCACCAUCGCCUCGGAUGUCUACCCCGACGUACCGUCCGGCUCCACUCUUUGUUCCGGGUCCCGACGAGAUGCUCGGCUCGCGAACGUCGCAGGAGACGCCAGCAACGUCGCCGUCGGGCGAUGGCAGCCCUGCUGCCGAAGAGACAACCAACAUCAAUGCGGCGUCGUUCUUCUCUGCCGCCACGCCGGGCGUGGCCCUCUCCUGGAUCGGGGCCCGCCUCUGGCGCAUCAUGCCCGACGUCAUGUGGGCGUGGUCGACGCCUGCCGAGGUCCCCGAGCCUGCCGCCCGCGACGCCAUUCUUGACGGCGUCCUCUCGUCGCGCAAGGUCAUCGCGGUCGCUCGGCAGAUGGGCCUCACCCGAUCCGAGCGGCACCGGCAAGUCCGCGCCAUCCUCAACACCAUGGUCGCCGUCCAGAACCUGCGCGUCAUCCGAAUCAUGGCGUGGAUUAUGAAGAAGCUCUGGGGCUAUCUCUACCCGUUUGGCAUCCACGUCAAGGAGGAGGAGGUCGAUAUGCUCCACCGCUACGCCGGUCGCGCCCCGUUUGUUAUUGUGCCUACCCACAAGUCGCACAUUGACUACCUCCUCUUUACCUACCUCUGCUUUGCGCGCGGACUACCCAUUCCGCACGUUGUCGCCGGCAUCAACCUCAACAUCCUCUUUGUGGGGCCCAUCCUCCGGUGGGGCGGCGCGUUUUUCAUUCGCCGCUCCUUUGCUGGUGACCUGCUGUACCACGCCGUCUUUGACGCCUACGUCACCCAGCUCCUCGUCUCGGGAGCAUCGGUGGAGUGCUUCAUCGAGGGCGGCCGCUCGCGGUCGGGCAAGGUCCUUCCACCCAAGUCGGGCUUCCUCAAGGUUGUCAUCGACGCCGUCGUCGAGGGUGACGUCGCCGACGCUCUCAUUGUCCCGGUCUCGCUCAACUACGACCGCAUUGUUGAGAACGACUCGCACAUCAAGGAGCUGUCGGGCUCGGAGAAGAACGCCGAGCAGCUGCUCGGCUUCCUCUCCGCCUCGUUCACCCUCCUCUACCGCAUUCUCUCCGGCAAGAUCUGCCUCGGCUCUGUUGAUAUCGGCAUUGGCCAGCCAAUCUCUGUCAAGCAGUUUGUCGUCGACGCUGCCCUCAAGCUCGAGACGCGCCACGCUUGUGACGUGGUUGCGGCCUCGCUCCGCCAGCCCUCGCUCACCAACAUGCAGAUUCUUCGCGAGCUUGACGUCCCGGUCCGCGACAUUGUCACCCGCGGCGUCCCGCUCGCGCCCAUGGCCUCUUUGCCCGUCCGGCUUGACGACUCUGAGGUGCGCCCCUCUGACUCUGAUGACGACUCGGAACCUGGCACGGCCUCCGAGUCAUCGUCCGACACUGACUCUGACGACGAGCUCGAGCCGCAGGCUGAGCCGGCGGCCAACGCGUCUGCCUGCGACGGUUCGUCGUCUGCCGAGGGCCCGAGCCUCAAGCGCAUGCUCUCUGCGCUUUCACCCGAGGCGCAGUCGGCCCUUUCUGGUGUCAAGAAGCCGGACGCGCCGCUCCGGGCGGCCACUUUUCCCUCGCCGUCGGCCCAAUCGCCCGAGGGCGGCCUCCUCGCUCUCGCCGCGCCGCCAACGCCGCGGUCGCUUGACAAGAACUCAUCCGAGGCCCGGGCGCUCGUCGCGGCGCUCACAGCCCAUCAGCGCAAGCGCAUCACCUUUUCGCUCGGGUAUACUACCCUCUACGCGUGCAACACCUCGUCGGUUGUUCUCCCAGCCGCCCUCGUUGGCACGGUCCUCCUCACGCACUACACCCGCGGCAUGCGCUACUCGGAGCUGGUGCAGAAGGUCAAGUGGCUCCGCCGCGAAGUCAACGAGCGCGGCGGCCGCGUUGAGUCACGCGACGGGGCUUCGCUCUCCAAGUCGAUCACCACGGUCCUCGACCGGGUCCUCCAGCGCGGAGGCCGCAACCGCGGCCUUGUCAAGCUGCACAAGGACAUUGUCAUGCUCUCGCUCUACUCGCCGCAGGAGCGGAUGGAGCUCUCGCUUUACCGCAACCAGCUCAUCCACAACUUUGUCCCAGAAUCGCUCCUCCUCUGCUCCAUGUACGCGUUUGAGAAGGCAGCCGGGGCCCUCGUCGCGGUCGAGGAGUCGGACCUACUCGUUACAACUCGCUUCCUCUCCUCCCUCCUCAAGCGUGAGUUCAUCUUCAAGCCCUCGCCCGGCGCUGGGCACAACUUUGCCGAGAUUGUUGCCCGCCUCCUCGACCGCGGCGUCCUCCUUCGCACAGACGACGGCAUGCUCACUGUCAACGACUACGACCUGUACGCCCGGACUGGCGACGCCCCUGGCACGGCGCACGACGAGCACGACGCCUCGCGCGGCACCUCGAUGUACCUCUUCCUCGCGGCCCUCCUCUGGCCCUUUAUCGACUCCUACUGGCUCGCUGCCCUCUCGCUCUACCACCUGUACCCAGACCGCAACGUCUCGUCCAAGGACCUCAUCAACUACACACAGAAGCUCGGUGAGCGUCUUUACUUUGAGGGCCAGAUCGACCUGUACGAGGCCGUCUCCAAGGAGACCGUCGGCAACGCCAUCAAGCUUUUCAUGGAGAAGGGCGUCGUCGAGGCCGUCCACGUCCAGAACCAGUUCACCACUGCUCCCAUCGUUCGCCUCACCAAGGACUACCACUCGAUGGCCGCCAUCGACUCGCUCAUCCGCAACGCCAUCACCACCACAGACAUCGACGACGGCAUUGCCAUCGUCCGCCGGCACGAAGGCAUCGCUGCCGAGUGA